GCAUUACUAUGAGCAAGUCAAACAAAGGGAACGAGGAAAUCACAAGAAGCAAGACCGUCAUGGCCUGGAAAUUUGUAGCCUACUUAAAAGAUUACAGCAGCAACUGCACCUUGGCCGGCUUUAACUAUAUAGCCAAUAGCAAUUUGCAUCCAACGGAAAGGAUAUUCUGGUUACUUUGUGUUUUACUUUCGGCCAUGGGUUGCUAUCAUUUAAUAAGCGAAUACCAACGCGAUUUUCCAAUACGUGCUGUAAGCAUUGUCUAUGAGAGUUUACCUCCAUUCGCUAAAUGGAAAUUUCCCACAGUGAGUGUCUGUGAAAUAGUGUAUAAAUAUGAUCUGGGUCGUGAUGUAGUAGAGUAUGUCAAAGGUCUGGGCACCGAUGAAAAUGGUGAAUACAAUUAUGAUGUGGAAACAUAUAUAUCCUUAAUGUUCUUCCCCUAUCAAUAUCAUGAGGGGACAAUCAAAUCACACUGCUAUCCGUACGAGAAAUGCGACGAAUGUUCAAAGUGUCCGAGAAAUGAUUAUAGAAAAAUGGUCCUUAUGUUUGGAGCCAACUGCACAGAUAUGUUUAUUGAGUGUAAGCUAUCGAAUAAGAUGUUCGAUUGUUGCAAAUAUUUUCUACCAUUGAUCACACCCUUCGGACGAUGUUUUAUGCUCAAUUCGUUACAAAAUAACAAGCGAAAUUCCGAGCAUUGGUUGCCCAUGAUUUUGGAUCCAGCGACACAGACAGCAACUAUGCAAUUGCUAACACAUCGACCAAUGCAAAUAACCUUACACAACGAAGAGGAUAUACCGCAUACGGCAUUAUCUGGUGUAGGAGUUAGUAUUAGCGAUCCCGGCCAGCAUAAGACACUCCAUUUUCAAAUGGAAGCCAUGGAAAAUGAUCCGGAUGUUCAUGAAAUUGAUCCACUAGCUAGAAAUUGUUAUUUUACCGAAGAGGUGCCAGCGACAAGUGUGUUCAGAGCAUAUAGUUUCACAACAUGCAUCAGUGAUUGUGCCAGGCGUUUUCAAAUGGAGAUCUGCAAUUGUUCGUCGUAUACAAUGAAUCCGUUUGGCGAUCCUCGUUAUCCCGACUGCGAUUACAAUGGAAAUUUAUGUUUGGAAAGUAAUUCGAUUGUUAAGCCAGAUGCUAAGCUGUUGCUCAACUAUAAGAAAGGGAAAAAGAAAUGUUAUUGUUUGCCCUCGUGCAGUGAGGGUGAUUUAAAAACCAUUUAUGAAUCGGUAUCAGACUUUAAUUCUAGCAGCAAAGCUCGCAAUGUCACAUUGACAAUGCCAGUUUGGCCAACCGAUCAAUAUCGACGACAGGCUCUGCGCACUCGUCUGGAUGUUGUCGUUACCAUGGGUGGAAUGCUUGGCCUAUUUCUGGGUGCCAGUAUACUGAGCGCCAUUGAAUUUAUCUACUAUUUCACUUUGCGAGCGGCUAAUACUCUAAGGAUGGCUAAAGCAUCUGUUCAGAAAUAA